AAUGUCUCGCAGGCCGGGCUCCCUCCCACCAUGCCCCAGCUCCCCCCAAAAUGUCCUCCUCGAGCCCUCUUACGUCCGCGCAAACACAUGCUCUCUUCGACAUCCUAAUCCACCACCAAAUCUACGCAGAAAUCGAGGCCUUCAAGUAUCCCUCCACCAUCGACAAAUAUGGUUACCCGUUCCGCAAAGCAGAUGACAUCCAGUCGACGAGCCCGCUGCUACAAACCAUCCUCAACAAGUUUGCGCUGUGUAACCCGGCUAUAAGAAAUUUCAGCGAAGAAUUCUGGCAGGACAAGGUCAGGACGCUGGUAGCGAAGCUUGCGGAGGCAGAACUGAGUGAGAGCUAUGAUAAAGGCGCUAUUGGAAGUAGGAAGGCGCUUGCAACGGCUGCGAGUAGCAUAGCUGAAUAUAUUGCGAGGGGGAUGUUGGGGGGCUACCCAGUACAGAAGGGAAAGGACGCGAAGGAGACGUAUGAUACGAGUAAGCCGGAGGAUGUCGUGCAGGGAUUUGACGACCUGAUGCAUGGCUUGAUAUAUGGAGACUUGCUUGACGACAUGUUUGAGCAGGUCAAGGCGACGGGCAAGCUAGAGGACCAUGCGGGUGUUGUGCAGGCAGCGCAUGAGUACAUUUUGCUAAACGUCGCCUCUUUCCUCCACCACGUCUUCGUCAUGUCGCCCGACGGCCAAUACCUCGUCCGCCUCCUCGAGAACGCACACCGCCUCAUUCCAUACAUGGUCAUCAAGCAGACCCUACGCGUCGGCAACGCGGCAACCAUGAUAAAUGGCAUGGUCAGGUUAAUUCUAGCGAAGCUCUCGGUAACCGCCAUGACGAACUGGAUAGGGCUAACAAACAACUCCAAUGAUGGCAUGAACCUACUACAACAAAUCAUCUCAACAGUCCUAGCGUGGGAUACCUCCGAGUUCCAGAAACGCGCAACGAAACUCGAGUCUUCGCGCGACGCGCCCGACAAAAAAGUUUUCAAAGCCAUUAAACCCUUUGUCUACGCUUCAAGAGACAAACACGAAGCCACUCGAAGCCAGUCUAUUUCAGAGUCCAAAUCCAUCGUUGCGGUCAUCCUCGAAACCGCCGACACUCCGAUUGAUACCGAUUCACUCACGGAGCAUCAACACAAUGUGGCAAUGGAGUAUUACAGCACAUACCUCUCGAUCCGCGACCGCGAGGAGCUAACAAAGGUUUUCUGCAAGUUGCAACCCGACGUCCUGACAUCCGCAGUGCGCGAAGCUGUCUCAGCGAUGGAUCCAGUCAUCCGAGCGAUACACAAUGCAGUUGACCUCUCCGGUACUGUCACAGAUGCUGAAUCUUUCCUAACCGAUUUGAUAAAGGUCUCCAAGCCCAAGAAGAAAACUGGCAACAAGAGCCGCGAGACGUCCCAGUCAAGAUCCAGCACUCCAGCACCAGCCAGUGUCGAAGACAACGAAGCAAGUGAUGUCCCUACAGUGGAAGACUAUGUGAAUCUACUGAGGAAGCACGCUCCCUCCAUGCACAAGUUCUUACACCAAGUCACCAAGAACGCCCCGGAUCUGGCAGACGACUACCUUGCGUACGCAAAACGUAUAUUCUCUGAAUUUAAAGUCGACGACAAUGCGAAGGCCGCCGAAGAGAGAGGCGAAGGAGGCGCAGGCAACAUGACAGCACCACUACACUCGCUAUUUGAGAGUCUUGGGAAGGAGAAACAAGAUGAGUUGAAGAAGUUGUUGGAUGAGCACGAUAAUCAUCUGAGGACGCUCAAAGACACAUCCCAAUCCCGCCUCAAAUCAAUAAUGUCUACGACGUCAACGUCGACACCCAAGCCUUCGGAUAAGGGGACAACACACGGCCCUGGCAUGUACCUCAGUCGCUGGAACUCACUGAUCGACUCCACGCUCAUCAGCCCUGCCACGAUCCGCGGGCCGGUGCGGAAGGGCUGGGAAGUCAAGAGCGAGCUGGAUGGCAAGGGACUGAAAACGUCUAGCUCGUUGCUGAAUUCAGCCAAGAGUAGGGAUUCGAGUAAAAACAGGCACCAGAACACCAUGAUGAUGGCGAACGGCACGGGUGAUGCGAUAGAGAGGCGUGAGAGGAAGCGGGAUGGGCAAGAGGGGGAUGGCAUGGUCGCAGUAUGGGAUGGGAUGAGAGACGGGUGGGUGGGAGUCUGUCGGGGCCUAGAAAUCAUGGGCCCUGAUUGAAACAUCCUCAUUUCGAACACCUUUUUUGGCAGGCGCAUUGUAGAACUGGUUUGAUACAGCGGAUUUCAUAUCAAUAUGCCUGGUACAUAUGAUUACGAGCAAAGCACGACACAGCAUGACUAGACGGCGGGUGCAUUUUCGGCUAUACUACCACUAGCACAUAAUCAAGCAAUACCCUAAACCCACCGCUUCAGCCUCACUAUGUAAACGCGUCCUUUCUCUAAAUCAAGUACGCAACCUUUCGUACCCGCGUGUCGAAAUACGAACCCCGCGUAGUGAUCGUCUCGCCAGCCGAACCAACCGGCUCACAUAUGUAGGUACCCGCCGGAAGAUCCUCGCAUCCGCAUCCGAACAUCAGUGCGGAACAUGAUGACGC